UUUGAGUAUAUAAAAUUCAGAAAAAACAUAAAAUUCGGAUAUACCGUUACGGUGAAGCAUGUGAUGAAUUUUGACAGAACCGUUACAGUUCCCGGAGCAAUUCUCCCCCAUGGCGAAUCCUUACAGAUCAAGCCAGGGCCUUAGCGCUAGACCCGUGGGAAAUUCUGAUGAAAUCCAACUGAGAAUCGAUCCAGUUCAUGCUGAUUUAGACGAAAAGAUUUCGGGUCUGCACAAACAAGUUACACAACUCAAACACGUGGCUCAAGAGAUUGAAACUGAAGCACGGAUACAGAAUGAAUUUGUGUCCGAUCUGCAAAUGCUAAUGAGCAGAGCUCAGGCAGGAGUAAAAAGUGGGAUGACAAAGUUGAAUCGAACUGUUGCUCAGCAGAGAUCGAAUCACAUUUUGCAAGUGAUAAUCUUUGGUCUCACAUGUUUCUCCAUCGUCUACUUAUGGUCAAAGCACUUCAAGAGAUGACAACAUUGGCUCCGAGGCUACCUUGUCAUUGUGAAUGCAUAUAUAGUAUUUCUCCACAACUUAAUAGAUUUUUAGUCCAUCGGAGCAUUUAUUUUAGUUGCUACCAUAAUGUCAUUUGCGGACUGAAAGGUUUAUUCAAUAACCAUUUUCUGGGUAUAUGAUGAUUAAAGCUUGUCUACUCUAA